CCAACGGCGUUGUACGACAACGUCCCCGAGUCCCCGGAGGAGCUGGCCUUCCGGAAAGGGGACAUCUUAACAAUCAUUGACAGAACACGGGGCCGGCUGGAGGGGUGGUGGCUCUGCUCGCUACACGGACGCCAGGGCAUCGCCCCGGGCAACCGCCUCAAGCUGCUGAUUGGUCCAAUGUUCGACGCCCAGUCCCCUACGCCCUCAUCACCUAUAGGCUCAGCCUACCAGCAGAAGGCCUUGUCAUCGUCCCAGGGGCUGUAUCAGGUGCCCCCGUCCUCCAGAGCCCGGGCAGCAAGGGAUCUACCAGGUACCCUGGGACAAGAUGUGUACCAGGUCCCCCCUCAGAGGAAUGCCCUGGCUGCAGACAACACCCCCAGCAAGGUGGUGACCCCGACAGGAGUGGGACAGUCCUAUGCCUACAGCGCUGGUCAGCAUAACCAACAGGACCUCUAUGACGUUCCUCCCAUGAGACCACAGGGGGUGUAUGACAUUCCUCCUGGGAAACUGAUGGGCUCACACUCUCCUGGACAACAUGGGAAUGCUCGUCCCCAAGGAGGAAUCUAUGAUAUUCCUCCAUCCACUCAAAUGGAUCCUCGGACACAAGGGGUUUACGAUAUCCCUCCCUCCACACAAGGGGUGUACUCUGUGCCUCCCUGCUGGAACACCCCAGCCCUCCAGGAGGGGAACUACGAUUUCCCCCAGCCUCUCAAACAACACAAACAACAGGAGGGCAUCUACGACGUACCCCCUCCCACAUUUACCAAGCCCUCAGCCUCCCUGUCCCCCCAGUCCAACUAUGACUUCCUCCCCAGUUCCCAGCCAAUUGGCCCCCACCACCUCCAACGCCCCGUCGCCAAUGACAACGAGGGAGUCUACGACGUGCCGCCCUCCUCCCACCAGCUCUCUGGGGAGGUGCCUCGGGGGGACCUGUAUGACAUCCCCAGGGGGAUGCAGCAGCCCUCCUCCCAGCACCACUCCACCCCCCAGGAGAGGGACAGGGGGAAGGGCCAAGGCAUAUAUGACAUCCCCCCUGCUCUGGGGGACGUGACGGAUGGGGUGAAUCGCCUGUCCUUCUCCAGUACGGGCUCCACACACAGUUCCAUGUCCACCUCCUCCACCUCCACGGUCUCCAGCGCUGAGGGCCGGCUGGCCCUGGAUGUGGACCAGGCCGUCCAGAGGCUGUGCCGCCAGCAGCAGGCGGUAGAGGCCUCAGUCGGGGCCCUGCAGAGCCUGGCCUCUUCCCCCCACUGGAGGACUUACCCUUUCAUGGAGCGCCAUACCAACGAGGUGCGCGCCGUGCUGGACCGGGUGCGGGCAGCCCUGGCAGACUUUGUGGUGUUUGGGAGGGGUGCUGCGGCCAAUGCCACUGCCCUGUCAGACCCCAGCCUGCACAGUAAGCUAAGGAGGCAGCUGGGGAGGCUGGAGGACUCCCAGCAGAUCAUCCUGCAGACCUACCAAAGCCUGGAGAACUGCGGCUGGGCCCUCAACGCCCUGACCAUCUCCAGCGCUUCCAAGCACCAGAUCAAGAGUGACGACCUGGAUCGCUUUGUCAUGGUGUCCAGGACGGUGCCCGACGAUACCAAGCAGCUUGCCUCCUCCGUGGGGGGUAACGCUGAGCUGCUUUUUAGACGAGCACCCACCAUGAACGGGUCCUCCUACCCCAGGGGUGGUACGCCCGAGGAGGCCGUCAUCCACCCUCUAACCUCUCCACCCUCAGAUAGUGAUAAAUACAGGGGCCACACCAAGCCCUUUCCUGUGCCCUCCAGCCAAGACAAAGGCAACAUGAACAAUAGUGAGAAGUGUGUUAAGAGCUGGAUGGAGGACUAUGACUACGUCCAUCUGCAGGUAGUUUUCCUCACACUCUUGUUUCUUCUCAGGGAAAAGACUUUGAGCGCAGCAGAAAGAGCUCUGGAGAAAGAGAACAUCAUUAAACAGAGCAAGGUGCAGCUGGGACAGGAACAGAUGAACCAGUUCAAGCAGUUGGAGCAAGAGGUGAUCAAACCAGUAGAGAAUGACAUCACGCAGUGGAUCUCCCAGCAGCACCCGACAGGCCCCUCCUCCUCCCCCUCAGGCCCCUCCUCCUCCCCGUCAGACACCUCCUCCUCUCCCUCCCCCUCCCUGACAGGAGGCAGGGCCCAGCUGUGUGGGCGGGACCGUCAGCUGCUGGGCUUCUACGCAGAGCAGUGCCAGCAGCACUUUGUCACGUUGCUCAAGGCCGUGGACGCUUUCUUCGGCUGCGUGGGCGCUGGCCAGCCGCCCCGCAUCUUUGUGGCACACAGCAAGUUUGUCAUCCUCAGCACUCACAAACUGGUAUUUAUUGGGGACACUCUGUCCAGGCAGGCAGCCACGCCCGAGGUGGCCAACCGGGUGAUGAACUCUAGCAAUGUGCUUUGCGACCUGCUGAAGACUGUGGUGGGAGCCACUAAGACGGCCGCGUUGCACUACCCCAACACAGCCGCCGUUCAGGACAUGGUGGACAGAGUCACGGAUCUCUCACACCACGCUCAACAGUUCAAAGAACAGCUGCUGCAGAUGGCUGCUUUGUGAUAGUUUGUGUUGUCACUACCUGGUCCCGCCUAUUGCACCAUAGCAUCCUAUGUGUAUAUACCGUAUAUAUCUAUAAAUGUAUAUUGCUCGUUGUUAAUCUUAAGAGUUUUUGGGGGGGCUGUUCUGUACAUAUUUGGCUCUAUUUUUGUGUAGAAUGUUUUUAUAUACAGUACCAGUCAAAGGUUUGGAUACACCUACUCAUUCCAGGGUUUUUCUUUAUUUUUACU